AUGGAGCUGUUAAAAGGUAAUUUUUUUUUAUAUAAUCCUUUAGUAAUAUAUUCUUGCAAAAAAACUUCCAGUCAGCGCAUUAGUAUCAUUUUAUUUAUAGUUUUAGUUUUGAUUUAUUUACUAACAACACAAAACAUUGGGAGCUGUAUCGAAACCCUUAUUUUUUUAGAUAUCCAUGACACGAUACAAGCUUUGGAGAAUAAGAUGUCAUCCGAGAAAUGCUACUCAGAUGAACCUCCCAUUUGGCUAUUGCAUCCAGUCGACUACAACUUACAUUUAAAUACCUUUAGGUAUAAAAGGAACGAUUUGAAAGAGUUGUGGCACAGUCAGCCAAGACACUUCACACAUUCUAUUCGUUUUUACGAAUUAGACCGUAAAUCUACUAAGAAAUCCAAACCUACAAAGAUGGUAUCAGGAAAGACGGUAUUCCUUGGUGUUUGUCUCUUGGUAUUCAUAGUUGUUAACAAUGCGCCCGUUAAGGCUAGCCCACAGAUUGAACUUAUGGGAGGAUAUGACAUUAUUGGAAUCUGCAUUACAAAUUGUGCACAGUGCAAAAAGAUGUAUGGAGCAUUCUUUGAGGGCCAUUUAUGUGCAGAAGCCUGUGUUCAGUUUAAGGGCAAAACCAUUCCAGAUUGCGAAGAUUUGAGUUCAAUUGCACCAUUUUUAAACAAAAUGAACUAAAAUAACUUAAGGAAUAUUGUUCAUAUAAAUGCACGGAAUAAACAAAUGUAAAGCUACUGCACCAGGAAAUGUCACUGGGAAAAACACUGAAUAAACGAGAUCCUAUUGACAAAUAAA